AUGAAGCAAAUAGUUGCGAAUCAAAAAGUGAAGAUCCCAGAGGAUCUCACAGUUCAUGUGAAAUCCCGAUUGGUAACAGUGAAAGGGCCCCGAGGCACACUAAAACGAAAUUUCAAACACUUGGCUGUUGACAUUCGCAUGGUAAACCCUCGGCUACUGAAAGUGGAGAAAUGGUUCGGAUCAAAGAAAGAGCUUGCUGCUGUAAGAACUGUUUGCUCUCACGUGGAGAACAUGAUUAAAGGUGUGACAAGAGGAUUCCAGUACAAAAUGCGUGCUGUAUAUGCUCACUUCCCCAUUAACUGUGUAACCACCGAAGGCAACACUUUGAUUGAGAUCCGUAACUUCCUUGGUGAGAAGUACAUCAGAAGGGUAAAAAUGGCACCUGGCGUUACAGUCAUCAACUCGCCCAAGCAGAAGGAUGAGCUGAUUAUUGAAGGCAACUCAAUUGAAGAUGUCUCCAGCUCAGCAGCACUAAUUCAACAGUCCACCAUGGUCAAAAACAAGGACAUCAGAAAGUUCUUGGAUGGUCUAUAUGUAUCUGAGAAGGGUACUGUGGUAGCAGAAGAGGCGUAA